UUUAUGAAGUCACAUGAAAUUCGUUGACACUUUCUCUCCAAACACCGAAUAUCAAAAUCAUUGGCGACAACCACAUAAUAAAGUAAUGAGUUGUGUACUUAAGAUAUUCGGGUAACUAUCGAAAGGACUAGCUUUCAACAGUCAACAAAAACUCAAGAUGGAUGCAGUCUUAGGGAAAAAGGCACCCGAGGGAACAGGAUCGGUCACUGACCACACCUACUGCCAGCCAUGUGCGAACGAUAGCAAGAACAUCCCACCUGAUGCCUUCUGUACCGUCUGCAAGGAGUUCCUGUGUUCCAACUGUGCCCGAGUACACAAGAACAUGAAGUUUACCAAAAUGCACCCUCUCCAGGACAAGAGCACCAUGCCUUCUUCACUCCAACCAGAGAGUGAGAAUAAGCAUUUUACGGAAACAUGUCAACGCCAUGCCGAAGAGUUCAUAAAAUACUAUUGUCCCAAUCACGAGACACUUCUGUGUGGAGAAUGCUUGGCUGAGAAAGAACACAGCUCAUGCACUAUUGAAAAGAUUUCUCAAGUGGCAAAGCGGUACAAAGAAGGUGCAGAAUACAACAGCCUGAAAACAGGACUUGUCCAGACGGCCACUGACAUAGGCAAACUGUCACACGACAUACAGGCGAUCAUGAAAUCAGUUGACGAAGAAAGCCUUACCAAUAUCAAUGAGCUUCGCAAAAUUAGGACUGAAAUUAACCAGUACCUUGAUAAAAUGGAAAACGAACUUUUGGCAGAAAUUGAUCAGAAGAAACGAACAUCCAAGACACUGCUAAAUGAACUGAAAUCAAAAUGCACAAACAUGAAAUCAUCCAUUGAGAAACUAAAGUCGGAGCUACAAGCCCAGGACGACAAUAGCAACCAGCUAUUAAUAGUAGGAAAACGAGCUAUAAAAGAGCUGGCAGGUCUCCAGGCAGCCCUGGAAGAUGUGAGCAGGAGGAAUGAAGUUCCCCGAUACAAGUUUCACAGGGACCCCGAAACUGAGAAGUUAAUAGCUUCCGAAAAACCAAUAGGACGGUUGGAAAAGGACGAAUCAACGUCGGCGUUAGGGCAGCAACACCGACAACAGCAAACGAAGCAGGAACAACGGCAACAGGAGACGAUGCAACAACACCAAAAACAGAUGAAAGCUGUAUCCCAAAAAGGCGAAUCAACUGCUGCUGCAGGGCAGCAAGAACAACAACAACAGAAUGAGCAACAACCACGGCAACUCGAGACUAUGCAGCAGCAACAAAAACAUAUGCAAGGGGUAUCAUCAAAAGCACACUUCAAAGGCAGUGCAGACCUUAGCCGGGCAAAGUUCAUCAGACAGUCUGACAUUUCAGUGAAUACAUUAGAUGAAACCUAUGACUGCUACCUGACCAGUGUGUUGCUCCUGACCGGGGACAGGCUCCUACUGGUAGAUCGCAAUACUUACUCAUUGAAGCUGGUGGUCACCGAAAACAACAAGCUGUCGUCUAGGGUGAAACUUCCAGGUAAACCGUGGGACCUGUGUCUCCUGCCCGGAGACAGGGCAGCCGUCACUCUGCAAGGGAUUGGGAAGAUACAGUUCGUUUCUACUCAGGAAAAUGUCACACUACAGGAAGUUGUUAAAGUAGGUGGAAAGUGUCAUGGAAUAGAUUUCUGUGAUGACAACCUGAUAGUGUCCUCUACCAACCCAGCCAAGGUUGUGUUGAUGAACAUGAAGGGAAAGCUGAAGAAGAGUGUGGACAAAGACAGCUGUGGAAAACCUUUGUUUAAGUAUCCUGGUUAUCUGACAGUGACCAGAGAGAGCCGAACUCCCGUCAUAUAUGUCACAGACUGGGGCACCAACACCAUAACCAAGCUGAGCAUAUCACUAGAGGUGCUCCAGACGUACCAAGAUCCGAUACUGAGAUCACCACAUGGUCUGGCAGCCAUUGGGGACAACCAUCUGCUCGUGUGUGGGAGGGACAGUGACGACAUUCUGUUACUGGAUACACUCACCAGCAAAGUAACCCCACUGCUGGGGAAGGAAAAGGGGAUAGAGAGUCCAUGCAGUGUGGCUUACUGUUCACUGAAGAAGAUGAUGUUUGUCACCUGCAAUCAGCGUCGCAGACCUGGAUUGAAGAAUUUCGUGAAAGUAUUCAACUUAGUUUAGAUCAAGUCUGUCAAUUUAUAUGAAUGAAGUCUGUGUCAGGUGUGAAGUAAUUGUAAUGUUUAAGAAUGAUUUUAAUGUAUAAUAUUAUACUGACAAUGCGCAUAUACAAUGCUUAAUUGCACAUAUCGCGCAAUUCAAUUACUGUGAGAGUAUUUGACGGAAACUUUUAAAUUAUUUUGAAUUCUAACAGUUUUCAUUAGUGACAAGUCGUGUAGUAAUGUGUUAUAAGAAAAUAAUAUACGAGUAUGGGAAUGUGUAUUUUUAAUUGAAAUGAUAGUAGGUGAUUGUGUAUGAAAUAUACUAACAAGUUGGUUUCUUGCUUGAACAUGUUUAAUCAAAAAGGUAAUUGUGUAAUAGAAUGAUUCAGAAUAUAGACUAUAGAGUUAUAGACACGGUGUGUCAUUUUUCCAUGCAGUUUGUAUUUAGUAAAUAUGUUGUUUAUAAUGUGUUUAUAUUGAAAUUAAACAUACAAGUACGUGUCCUUAUACAUGUAUAGUGAAUGAAUAAUUCUACGGAAGUGUGAAUUGUUUCCAAAAAGAUGGAUUGAAUUGUUUGAACAGAUAUUGACCAUAGUUAAAUAGUUUCCUUAUAUUUCAAUUGAUUAAUAAAACAGACAUUGACCAAUGUGCAACUUAUUUUCUUAUAUACUUAUUGAAUAA